UUUUUUUUUCUUAGAUCAAACAUGUCUUCUCGCAAAACAGCCGGUCGCCGUGCCACAACCAAGAAGCGUGCCCAACGUGCCACCUCUAAUGUAUUUGCUAUGUUCGAUCAGGCACAAAUUGCCGAAUUUAAGGAGGCCUUUAAUAUGAUCGAUCAAAACCGCGAUGGUUUCGUUGAGAAGGAGGAUUUACACGAUAUGCUCGCGUCUUUGGGCAAAAAUCCCACAGAUGAAUAUCUGGAAGCAAUGAUGAACGAAGCUCCUGGCCCAAUUAAUUUCACUAUGUUCUUAACCCUGUUUGGAGAACGGUUGCAAGGCACAGAUCCCGAAGAUGUCAUCAAAAAUGCAUUUGGUUGUUUCGAUGAAGAAAAUACUGGUGUGAUUCCCGAGGAUCGUUUGCGUGAGCUUCUCACAACCAUGGGCGAUCGUUUUACAGACGAGGAUGUUGACGAAAUGUAUCGCGAAGCUCCCAUCAAGGGUGGUCUGUUUGAUUAUAUCGAAUUUACCAGAAUUCUGAAACAUGGCGCUAAAGACAAGGAUGAACAAUAAGAACAG